CCAUUCCAAACUAAAACAAGCACCUUCUUUGCUGAUCCUGAACACAAGCACUCUGAGAUGAUUCACAUUUGAAAUUCAGAUGAAAAAGAAGUCACACUGGAUCAAUAGACCCAUGCGGGCAGGCUGCUGGUUGCACCUAAACGGCGCGUAUCGACCUUCCUCCAGAUAAAAGCAUCGGCAUAGCCGUGCCUUGUACGCACAAGGUGAGGCGAUCUUGCCUUGCUGCGCACCCCAUAACAUGUGUGCGUACCAGCGAUCGCUGUUGAACUUCACCACCUCUGACAGUCCCUAAAGUCAUCUGGAAAGAGCUACAGCAGCCCGUGACAACAUAUUCUGUGUUUUGUGCAAGAACGAUUUGGAUUUAAACACCAACAAGUGGGAUUGUGCUCUCUGGUUGGGACCUCUCUCAGCGCUGUCACAUGUGUUUUUGACCAGGUGUGUUUAAUGUGACAGGGGACGCUGCAUUAUAACUCACAGCGACAUAUGGUCUGUGGGCGCAGCUUGGAGGCUACCGACCCGCCACUGCUCCAAAGCGCGUCCUCGGCGGAGCAGGAGCGGACAGAGCCGGGGACACUGAGGAAUGCGGAGCCGGGAUUUUGUCCUUUUUACCUCACCUGCGGAACCCUUCGCAGCGCACACCAAACCGACCCACGCAGCCGGUGAGCCCGCUGUGCGCCAUGCUGAGGCAGAUCCUCCUCAACUCCACCAACUCCCCAGACUUCGACCUGGUGCUCAUGGCCCAGUCCUCCACGCACGCCCCCGCCUCCCUGAACGCCUCCCAUGGCGGUUCGGUGAGCGUGGCCGCCCUUCUGAGACCCACAACGGGGCGUGGGGGAGGGGGUCUCCGGGAGGGCGAGCUCCACAAACCGGACCUGAUCACCUACAUUGUCAUGUGCCUGCUGCUCUUCCUUUUAGUGCUGCUCAUUGUGUUCUUCAUCAACUGCCAGCUUCGGAACUCUUUCUUCGCCUCCAUGCCAUAUGACAGGUCGCUGAGAGAGGCCAGGACCUCCUACAAGUAGGCCAGACCACAGGGACUACAUUCUGGGACUCUGCUUCUUUUGGGAGACUCCUGUGGGGGGGUUCAGGACAAAUUGUUCCCCUUGAACUGCUGCUGCCACACAAACUGGACACAUAAAGCUGUUACCUUUAUAAUUUAUCUUGAACUCUCUGGAUGGCUAUAAUUACCUGGAAACCCUAAAAGAACCCCGAAUGCAAUCUUUGGCUCUAUUUUACCCUUCAGCUCAUGAGUUUAAGGAGAUAUUAAUGCCUAAAUUUGUGAUUAUUGUAUUUUUGGUCACUAAUGAGUAUAAUGUGAAACAAUCUAUGCUUCCUCUGUAGUCCCCACACUUCAUACGGAAAUAAAACAUCUAUUGAAGGCGUCCUCCAUGCAAACUCCAACUCUGCUUCCAGAUCUGACCUGCAGUCUGGCUCUAAACUCCCUAUAAGAUUCACCUGCUUUUCUUUACCUGCAGACCUUCAAAGUAUUUAAAUAAAGACAUAGCCUACAGUAAAUUGUACAUAGAUAUUUUGUAUGACAGUAAAUGGAUUGUCUUGUCCCGUGAAAAGAUGCACCCCACACCCCUCUUUUCAUUGUAAAGUGAUGA